CGUUGCGAGCCGCGGUCACACUGGUGCGCAUUGUUGUUCCGUCGCGUGUGAAAACUGCUGAGUGUAAAAAAAACUGUGCAAAUUGAGAGAAAACUCCUGCAAUUAGUUUAAAGCACAAAACUUUGUCCAACGAAGCACGUAGAAAGGAAAUCGGCAAGGAAAAACUGUGAAAAGUGAAGUGAAAGAGACAAACAGUGAUUAUGAAAUAACGGUGUAAAUGAGAAAAAGACAAUUAGCGUCCUAAAUUUAAAUAUAAUUUAAAGACUAUUUCCAUGGUAUAGUUGUCGGACCGAUUAAGAGCAAAAAUUUCGAGAUCAAUAUUAAAUUAUUGGUUGUGUUGGCAUGUUUAGUGUGUUCGAUGCCGGUGCGGUUAAGUGUCGUCUAUGGCCGAAUCCGUUAAAAGUCAAUCGCUCUCUGCAUUGACGGAGGGGCAGCACGACGACGGUGGUUCAACAGCAACAGCAGCGACAUUGGUUAAUUAUACCGGUGCGGCCCAUAUCACAUUUUCAUCCAAUCACUCGUCCCAGCGGCGACGCAAUAACAACGCAAGCAAAAACAAGAAACGCAACACGCCGGCAACAUCAUCAGGUCCUGCCGUCAGCUCCUCCGUCGACAUAGUACCCACCACCUCGACUGCAACUACCACCACCUCCUCCCGUCGCUCCCGCAGUCAAGGCCGUCACUCCUCCGCAGCAGUCCACAGUAGCAAGGAGUCGCAAAUCUCCAAUCGCGCGGCUGCAGCAUUUCGUUCCCCGUCAUCGCCAGCAUCCAAAUCCAUCCCGAUCCCAAGUGAUCAAUCGCUUUCGCCCGGCACUCGUAAGCGUCAGCAUCAUCAGCACAACAGCGGCGGCAGCAAUACCGCCAGCAGCAGCAGCAGCAAUACCGCCAGCAGCAGUAGCAACCACACUCGCAGUAGCCUCCAAUCGGCGCCCGGUGGAGAUCAGUUGGUGGAGCUUUGUUCUCCGCUCAAGAAACGCCGCCUGCAGCAGACCUUGGGAUCAGCAGUCGCGGAAGGAGCAGCGGGAAUUGGCUUAGCUGUAAUAAGCGUCGACCAGACGCCUCUCCAGCCAUCCGGAGAUUGUGUAGCUCAGCGCACGCGAUCCAAGACCAUUUCCCCAGAGGAGCUGCCUAGCACAAGCAGCGCUGCGGCUGCGGCGCGCCAUAAUCAUCACCACCAGUUCCGGGCCAGUGCCAGCUCCAGCAGCUUUCCGGCCAGCUGUCGGAACAAGCGCAAAGCUAGUGGUGGAGGAUCGGGAGCUGUGGUCGAGACCACUCCCCAACGAGGGGCAACAAUAGCUCGUGCCGGACGCAGCGGCAAUCUGCUGAACUACUACCGCAAAACGCGGAAGGUUAGCCACACGCGCUCCUCUCAGAAGCCGGAAAAAUACGUGGUACAGGCAGAGGACACUGCCACCACCAGCCGAAACGGAUCAGCAGGAUCCGGAUCCAGCAACAAGUCGGGUGUUAUCACCAAAUCCAGGAAAAGCUUGCGCCACUCGCAACAGAAUCUACUGGACACAGAGAGCCCAGGAACGGAAAGACUUGGUGCCGAAGCUGGAGCUGAGAAGCAACAGUCGGUGCACGGGAAUCUGGACGUGGAGGACCACCUGCCGACCCUCGAGGCGGCUCUGAACCACGCAGAGGCAUCAGUUAACCACACUCAGGGUCAGUUGGAGGCGGAGGGCCAGCCAGAGGUGCAGGACGACAACGACGAAGACGAGGAGGACGACGAGGAAGAGGAAGAAGAGGAGGAGGAGGAAGUGGGCUUCUACGAGAUUGUAAACUCAGCUGACUCGUCGUACGAGGAAGACGCCCAGAUCGUUGCCGAGGAGGACGAGCUCACAACGGAAGAGGACGUCGACGACGAGGAAGACGACGACAUCGAGGAGGACGAAGACAUCGAGGAGGAGGACCUCUCUGAGAGCGAAUUCGCCCAACAACUGAUUGGUGAACUUGGUGGAGAACAACAACAACAACCACAACGUGCCAGCAGCACCAUUAAAACAACCAAGAACAACACACCAGGGGUAGCAGCAGCAAACACUAUAAAGGCGACAACAACAGCAACAACGUCGUCCGGCUAUCAGCAACGUGCCGCCCCCCAUGGACAGGGGGCGGGGCCAGGCGCAGGAGGGGGCGGGCCACGUGCCACGCGCAGCACCAAUAGCAACACCAGCAACAACGUUGUUGACUACAGCAUUAUGCCGCACCUCACGACGGCUACAACAACAACGUCAUAUGCCUUGACACCGCAGCAGCAACAACAACAACAACAACCGUCACAACCUCCGUCGCAACAGCAACAACAAACACACCAACAACAACAACCACAACAACAUCCACCUCAAUUGGUGCCCACAACACAUCAGUUUGCACACUUGUCUUCCUUUGUGACACCAACAGCAGCGGCAGCAGCAGCAGCGGCCCACUAUCCACCAGCUUCUGCUGCUGCCGCUUACUUUGCACAGCAGCAACACCAUCAGCAUCAGCAACACGUGCAACAGCAGCAGCCACCGCAGCCGCACUAUUACCAUAGUUCUGUGGCCGUGUUGCAUCAACCUCCACCGCACCAUUUUACCUCCACAGGAGCAGGACCACCGCCGGCACUCUACCAACAACAGCCGCCGCCGCCUCAGCUAACACGCUACACGCCGGCGACAGCGACAACAGCGGCCACGUUUGUGCCCCCGCAGCAGCAACAGGUUGCCUACAAUCCACAACAGCAGCAACACUCCUCACUGCGACGCAGUUCACGUGGCAAGACGGGUUCUUGUGUGAGUUCGGCAGCAGCAGCACAGCAGCAGCAACACCACCAGCAGCAACAGCAACAUAGCAACGCUGCUGCUGCUGUACAACAGCAAUUGCUGCCACCGCCUGGUACCUAUCAAUACCAACAGGUGGGCGGUAAUACAGUUGUAGUUGCCGUGCGUCAUCAGCAACAGUUGCAACAGCAGCAGCAGCAGCAACAACAACAACAACAGCAACAUCAACAUCAACAAUUGGCUUUACAUCAGCAGCAACAACAGCAACAUCAGCAGCGUGCCACGCUCGUGCAGCCGGGAUUCUUAUUCAGCUAUCGCAGCAAUCAUCCUCAGCAGCAACAACAGCAACCGACACAACAAAUACAUCAGGGGCCCAAAGUGACACAUAGCAGUGCAGCUUCGGAUGCUUUAACAUAUAGUUUGAUGGCACAGCAACCGCCAAGUGGACCGCCGCAUGCAGGUGGACAGCAAAUAACGCCAGGUGCCAACUCAGCCAAUCUCAGCAUUGUAGCGGCCGCUCUUAGUGCCGCCCGUGACGUUGGAGGAGGAGCCGGCGGAGGAGGAGGAUCAGCAGGAGGCGGAGGAGCACCAGCCACUGGAGCAUCAGCUGCAUCCGGAGGAACCACCAGCGCCGUGGGCGUGACGAGCAGCAGCAACAGCAGUGCCGGCCAACCAGCCAGCAACAACAGCAGCAACAAUGUGACUGCAGCGGGAUCAGGGUCAGCUCCAGGCGGAGGACCCACAGCCACCGGAACGAGUAGCGGUGGUCAGCAUGGCAGCGGGUCAGGAGGAGCUGCUGCCGCCGAUUCCGAGAGUGAUGAUAGCGAGGUGGGUCGUCUACAGGCUUUGCUCGAGGCUCGCGGACUUCCGCCCCACUUAUUCGGAGCUCUUGGCCCGAGGAUGACCCACAUCCUCCAUCGCACCAUUGGAAACAGCAGCAGUUCCAAGGCCAAUCAACUCCUGCAAGGACUGCAAUCUCACGAUGAAUCCCAGCAGCUGCAGGCUGCCAUUGAAAUGUGUCAGAUGCUGGUGAUGGGCAACGAGGAUACCCUCGCUGGCUUUCCCAUUAAGCAGGUGGUCCCUGCUCUAAUCCAACUCCUUCGAAUGGAGCACAACUUUGACAUCAUGAACAAUGCUUGUAGGGCAUUGGCCUACAUGCUGGAAGCUCUGCCCCGAUCCUCGGGCACCGUGGUAGAGGCGGUUCCAGUCUUUUUGGAGAAACUACAGGUUAUCCAGUGCAUGGAUGUGGCGGAACAAAGCUUAACCGCCUUGGAGAUUCUCUCCAGGCGACACAACAAGGCCAUCCUGCAGGCAAAUGGUAUUUCGGCCUGCCUCACCUAUUUGGAUUUCUUUUCGAUUGUGGCUCAGAGGGCAGCACUAGCAAUUGCAGCUAAUUGCUGCUUAAACAUGCACCCUGAGGAAUUCCACUUCGUUGCGGAGAGCUUGCCCUUAUUAGCUCGCCUGCUCUCGCAGCAGGACAAGAAGUGUGUGGAGAGCGUGUGCUCCGCUUUCUGUCGCCUGGUGGAGAGUUUCCAGCACGAUAGUCAGCGCCUACAGCAGAUCGCUAGUCCGGAUCUGUUAAAGAACUGCCAGCAACUACUGCUGGUCACACCGGCCAUCCUGAAUACAGGAACCUUCACAGCCGUGGUCCGGAUGUUGAGUCUAAUGUGUGGCAGCUGUCCAGACUUGGCCAUCUCCCUGCUUAGGAACGACAUAGCAGCCACCCUGCUUUAUUUGCUCACCGGAAAUGCAGAGCCGGCUGCUGCCAGUGCCACUCAUGUGGAACUGAUCUCACGCUCACCUUCAGAGCUGUACGAACUCACAUGCCUAAUUGGCGAGCUGAUGCCGCGCCUACCUUUGGAUGGGAUUUUCGCUGUGGACUCGCUGCUGGACCGGCCCACGCUUAACACCCAGGAUCAGGUGCACUGGCAGUGGCGUGAUGAUCGCGGAUCCUGGCACAACUAUUCCACGAUUGAUUCCCGGCUUAUUGAGGCCGCCAACCAGAGCAGCGAGGAUGAGAUCAGCCUUAGCACAUUUGGACGCACCUACACUGUGGACUUUCAUGCCAUGCAGCAGAUUAACGAGGACACGGGCACCACACGUCCUGUUCAGCGUCGCCUCAACCACAACUAUGUGGCCCCCAUGACUGCCGGACAGGACUUGACCACCACUGCUGCAGGUUCAGCAGCUUCGGGAGGAGCGUCAACGUCCGCUGCAGCAGCGGCUGCCGCCUCCAACAAUAUAAACAAUAAUAAUCCACCACCGAAUAGUGGCACCCAAGUCAAGCGCCGACCAUCACUAGACGCUAGAAUCGCAUGCCUUAAGGAGGAGCGUGGUCUCGCUGCGGACUUCAUUAAACACAUCUUUAACGUCCUGUAUGAGGUAUACAGCUCGUCGGCCGGACCGAAUGUGCGCUACAAGUGCCUGCGCGCCCUUCUUCGGAUGGUAUACUAUGCCACGCCGGAGUUGCUGCGUCAGGUGCUUAAGUAUCAGCUGGUCUCCAGUCACAUUGCCGGCAUGCUGGGCAGCAACGAUCUGCGCAUUGUGGUUGGAGCCCUCCAAAUGGCUGAGAUCCUAAUGCGCCAGCUGCCUGAUGUAUUUGGCACCCACUUUCGUCGUGAGGGAGUUAUCUACCAGUUCACUCAGCUGACGGAUCCGAAUAAUCCCAUAUGCGCGAAUCCUUCGCCGAAGCCACUUAGCACAACAGCCACGCCAACCGCCAAUGCAGGCGGAUCACAAUCGGCUCCGGCCUCCGCCAACAGCCUGCAGGUUAAUCCCUUCUUCAUGGACAGCGCUCCGGGAUCGUCAAGCGCUUCCACGACUCCCAGCAGCAGCAAGCAUCAAUCAUAUAGCGUGAAGAGCUUUUCGCAUGCUAUGAACGCCCUGACGGCCAGCGCCAAAGGAACUCCAGCCGGAGCGCUGGACGCCACUGCUACCUCGGCUUCAGCUGGUGGUUACAACUACAGCAGCUCGGCUCCUUCUUCAUCCUCGACGGCUGGAGCGCCCGCUGCUUUCUUUGUGGCCCAACAGGGAGAUCCACGCCAGUAUGUGCACUUCCAGCAGCCGGCAGUUCCACCACCACCACCCCAGUUGGAGCUUCUUCCAACUGGUGUCCAGCAACAAGGGCAGCAGGUGCCUCAGGUGAUCUACCAGCCGCAGCAACAACAGCCCGCACACUUGGUGGUGGCCUCCACCAGUAGUGCAGCUGCCUCCGCAUCUUCUUCUUCAUCCUCCUCGUCCUCGGCCUCGGCGCUGCAGCACAAGAUGACGGACAUGCUAAAGCGAAAAGCACCUCCCAAACGCAAGUCGCAGAGCAGUGGUCGGGCUAAGUCCAGGCAAGAGGAUGCGGCAGUCGCAGCAGCCGGAUCUGGAGUUGGAGGAGCGCCCCCUGCUUCGGCCAGUUCCGCUAUGCACGAACUUCUCAGCCGUGCCACAAGUCUUGGCAGCGGCACUGGAGGCAGGAGUACGCCCAAUUCAGGCAGUGGUUCUGGAAGCUCCAAGUCUCGCUUUAACGCCGGAAACUCGACCAACGCCGGAUCAAGCAAAUCCUCGUUCUUGGCUUCGCUCAAUCCAGCACGCUGGGGCCGCCAGACUCAUCAUCAUCACCACCAUCAGCAGUCGCAGCAGCAGCACCACGGCCUUUCCAAAGAUGCCGGAAACGCAAACUCAAGUGGGUCCGGCUCCGGAGCUGGGUUGGCUUAUACGGUGAACCAACAUGGCGCCGGUAGUGGAGCUGGAGGACUGAACGCUGCAGCCGUUGCGGCAAGUAUCAGUAAGAGUAUCUCCCACGCCAAUCUCCUAGCGGCGGCCAACAGGGAAAGAGCUCGUCAGUGGGUACGAGAACAGGCUAUAGACUUUGUGAAGCGCUACACUGAACAGGAGGCCCGAAGGAGUAAGGCUGCCUCAGAAAGUGGAGCCACCCAGACCGGAAGUAGCGGAGUGGGAUUAUCAUCGACGGGCAGUACUCCCCUGUCCACUGCGGGCAGCACCAACGUCUUGGAGCGGUUGUCCAGCAUUCUGUUUAAGCUCAAUGGCAGCUACCACGACUGUCUGGAUGCUCUUCUCGAGCUGAAGACCAUCCUUUUGGAGAGUGACAUCUCCCCAUUCGAGGUGAAUCAUUCGGGCCUGAUCAAGGCCAUGCUCAACUACAUGACCAGCGAGUCGGGCCUAGUGGAGCGCGAUGCCCGCCUCCGCAGCUUCAUGCACGUAUUUGCCGGACUGCCCUUGGAGCCCCUGCUCCAGAACGUCGGCCAGAUGCCGACCAUCGAGCCACUUGCAUUCGGCGCCUUUGUGGCCAAGUUAAACGGCUGCGUCACGCAACUAGAACAGUUUCCAGUUAAGGUCCACGACUUUCCCGCCGGUCCUGGGGGCAGGUCCAAUCAGAGUGCGCUGCGGUUCUUCAACACCCAUCAACUGAAGUGCAACCUGCAACGUCACCCGCAGUGCAGCAAUCUGCGUCAGUGGAAGGGCGGCACUGUAAAGAUCGACCCUCUGGCCAUGGUCCAGGCCAUCGAGCGGUAUCUGGUUGUGCGCGGCUACGGAGGCAUCCGGGCGGACUCUGACGACGACAGUGAAGAAGAUAUGGACGACAACGUGGCGGCUGUGGUUAUGACCCAGGCGGGUUUCAAGCACAAGCUGCAGUUCACGAUCGGGGAUCACGUGUUGCCCUACAAUAUGACCGUCUACCAGGCGGUCAAGCAGUUCUCUCCGCUGGUCAGUGAGCAGCCUGAGACGGACAACGAAUCGGAGACGCUUUUAGGAAACGCUAGCAUAUGGGUGCAGCAGCACACCAUUUACUACCGCCCCGUGGAGGAGGAAGUUGCUUCGGGAGCAACUGCGGGAGCAGCCUCCAGCAGUAGCUCGUGCAGCAGUGGCGUACAAAAGCAGCAGAGCACGUCCAGUACCGCCUCCAGUUAUGCGAACGCCUCAUCAUCGUGCUCUUCGUCCUCUGGAGUGGCCAGUGGUGGAGGGUCCUCCUCGAAGAAGGCGCACAAAUCCAGCAGCAAGUUCAUGCGCAAGAAGACGGAGCUAUGGCACGAGGGAAUUGCUCCUGGAGUGAUGUCGGCUCUGAAGCCAUUCCUCAGCAGCUUGCUUCCAGCUGAUGUGGUGACCGUGCAGGAUUCCUCGCUAGAUGCCUUGUGUAUGCUGCGAGUGAUCCACGCUCUCAAUCGUCACUGGGAGCAUCUGUACGGAUGUGUUGUGCGUCAGAACAUCAUUCCCCAGGCGGAGUUCGUGCAUCCGAAGAUCACGGCCAAGGCCAACCGACAGCUGCAAGAUCCGCUCGUCAUCAUGACAGGAAACCUACCGCAGUGGCUGCCACAGAUAGGCAUGGCCUGUCCGUUCCUUUUCCCCUUCGAAACGCGACACCUGCUUUUCUACGCCACUAGCUUUGAUCGGGACCGCGCUCUUCAGCGUCUGCUGGACACCACGCCCGAUCUGAAUGCUGCAGAGUCUUCAGAACGCGUGGCUCCUCGGCUUGAUCGCCGCAAGCGUGCGAUUUCGCGGACGGAGAUCCUUAAACAGGCCGAGCACAUCCUGCAGGACUUUGGGCACUCCAAGGCCUUGCUGGAGAUUCAGUAUGAGAACGAGGUUGGUACGGGCUUGGGACCUACCCUGGAGUUCUACGCAUUGGUCUCUGCGGAACUGCAGCGCACCGAUCUGGGUCUCUGGAAUGGAAGCGAUAGUUACAAACAGAACUCGGUGACCAUUGUGGACGUGGUGAAGGCCAGCAGUACUGUGUUGCACAUUGAGGAUGCCCUCGAGGCAACUACCAUGGACCAAAGUCCUCCGGUAACGGGAGGAGCGUCGCUGGUGAGCAGCACCACCACCACGACGACAGCAACAGCGCAGCAGCUGCAUCAUCCACCCAACCGCUCCAGCAGUCGCUCGCAUGGUUUUCGCAGUGGAGCUGGACAGCAGCAGCUAGCACAGCCGGUGGAGCACAGCUCCUCUAGCGCCGGCGCCAAUGAGAACGCUUUAAAUAUGAUUAUCGCACAGCAAUUCAGUGAUAUAAACUCUGCUGAUCCGGCAGUUUCUGAUAAUCCCAGUAGCACCACUACCACAACCAGUGUGGUGGAGCAGAACACUACUACGAAUCAAAACAACACCACCAUGACUACAACCACAACCAUGAUGAGUUAUGUGCAUGCGGUGCAUGGCCUGUUCCCUCUGCCUCUGGGUAAAUCCUCCAAGCUUCCGCAGAUGACCAAAGCCAAGGCCAAGUUCAAGUUCUUGGGCAAGUUCAUGGCCAAGGCGGUGAUGGACAGUCGCAUGUUGGACUUGCCCUUUUCGUUGCCAUUCUAUCGCUGGCUGGUCAGCGAAGAGCAUUCGAUUGGCCUGGCAGAUCUGAUGCGUGUAGCCCCUGAGGUGCAAAAUACUUUGGUGCGUCUGCAGGAUCUGGUGCGCCAGCGUGAAUACAUUCUGUCUGAUCCAAACAUCGAUGCUAUGGAGAAGACAGAGAAGAUAGAACAGUUGGACCUGGAUGGUUGCCCCAUCGCAGACCUGGGCCUGGACUUUGUCCUGCCCGGACAUGCCAACAUUGAGUUGUGUCGUGGGGGUCGCGAUACUCCAGUAACUGUGCACAACCUGCAUCAGUACAUCUCUCUGGUCACCUACUGGUUCCUCAUCGAGGGCGUUCAGAAGCAAUUUGAGGCACUACGUGAGGGUUUCGACUCCGUCUUUCCGAUCCAGCGGCUGCGUAUGUUCUAUCCAGAGGAGUUGGAGUGCGUAUUUUGCGGAUCGGCCAGCGAGCAGCAGCAGCCGCGGUGGGAAGCCAAGAUGCUGCAAGACAGCUGCCGCACGGACCACGGAUUCCAUCAGGAGUCGCAGGCCAUCCAAUAUCUGUACGAGAUACUGGCCUCGUAUAAUCGCGACGAGCAGCGCGCUUUCUUGCAAUUCGUGACGGGAUCUCCGCGCCUGCCGACAGGCGGAUUUAAGGCCUUGACGCCGCCAUUGACUAUUGUGCGCAAGACGCUGGAUGGAAACCAAAACCCCAAUGAUUAUCUACCAUCUGUGAUGACCUGUGUCAACUAUCUAAAGUUGCCCGACUACUCAAGUCGCGACGUGAUGCGGCAGAAACUGAAAGUGGCCGCCAACGAGGGCAGUAUGUCCUUCCACCUCUCGUAAGCAGGCGACGGAACAAAAUACAAUCCCUCUUCCCAUAAAAACCAGACCUGCAACAACACAAACGGGAACUAAAGAAUACAUUGUGGGUUAUAUUCAGUCGGCUAUAUUCCAAGCGCUACGAAAUCGCUGCAGCAUGGUUUAACUGGAUGGAUCUUGUUUGUUUUUUUUCUUACGAAAGUUACUUUCGCCGCGUGCACUUCUCCCCUCCCUUUAACUUUUCCCUCUUGGCAAGCGCACGCCCUGCUAAAUUUCAAUAUAAAUAUAUAAUUAAAAUAUAUUUUUUAUUACCGAGUUUUGCAAAAAAGAAAAAAACGACAGAAAAGAAAAUAAAAGGACAAGAAUGCCGACGGGGAUGAAGUCAACAUGGAAACUAAUGAUUGAUACACCCUCUCCCAUAAAAUGUUACCUUAAAUAAAUUGAAUAGUAAAAAUCGAUUAUUCAAUAACCGAUAAUUUUGUUCACCCAGAAACGCACAGAGCUGUAAAAUGUCGAUCGAAGCUUUGCGUUUUAGUUAAAUUUGUUUUAGUUUGCUUUUUCUCCCAUUCUUAUUACUCUCAUUCUAAUUGUAAUAUUUACUGUAAUCAAGGAAUUAUUUUAUUAAGUUUUUUUUAUUUGUUAUGUUGAACAUUUUUCUCUGGCGUUUAAAUAUGAGUUUAAUUAAUUUGUAAGCAUCAAAUGUGCAUAAACGCUUAUUAGAAACAAAAAUGAAUGAAAGUAGAAUGAAGAGGAGUAACUGGAGCAUUGGAGGUUAACGAGUAGUUCCUUAAUGGAAGAGGAUGAAUUCAUCAUUAUUUACAUAUAGCUACCCAAAAUAAAUGAUCUAAAACAAAAAUGCCCACCCUUGAAAGUAACAUUUAAAGAAUUAAUAAUAAUUAAACAUAAAUAUACCAUAAUGAUCUAUAUUUCAUGCCCACAAAAAAAAAUUAAUGCAAAUUAUGCAAGCUGUGUUACAACAAGAAAAAUAAGAAAACAAAAGCCAUGAUUAGGUGGAUUUACGUUUUAUUUGAAAAAAAAAUGAAUUAGGGGAAAGCGGAUAAAAUGAAAUUAGUGUUUAGUGCAUCCCUUACAAAAACUAUGCAUACAUAUAUAUAAAUAUAUUAUAUUUAAACUGUAACAAUACAUAACUUUAUUGUACUUGAAGCAUAUACAAAAAUUUUUGUGUUUGUCUAACUGAAAAGGAGCAGAAUGCUAUAAAUAAAUCAAAUAAAAAUGGAUUAACAUUAAAACCGAAAAGCGAAAUCGAUCUUACAUUAAAACUAGAUACAAAUCUUUGCAGUACUGAAAACUGAUUACUGACAUGUGGUAUAUAUACAUAUAACUAUAAAAUCAUUUAUAUAAUAUAAUUAUACUUAACUGGAAACAAUGGCAUCUCUUGAGAUGCUGGUCAACAUAAAAAUGAUAGAAUUAAAUUUUUAAAUAACAGUAAUAUUACAUACUAUCUAUGUAGUUACAUCAAAAACAUUUGCUCUAUGAUAACGACAAGAAAGUAAAAUAAACCAACCAAGAAGCAAGCAAAUAAAACAAAAAGAUUAUAUGACAAAUUAA